AUGCCCCACGCUCCAACUUGGAGGGUCCAAGGCCAAGGAAAGAACUGCACCGUGACAUUUGACCAAGAGAUCUCUCUGUCUACCUACCCUCAAGCUUUGGUUGACAUCCAGUCAGCUGGCUUCUCACAAGUAGUUUUCAUGGUCCAGCAACUUGACGUACCCUUCGGUAUCCUAUUGGGCCAACAGAGAAUAAGAUGGGUAGCCAAGUUUGUUUUUGCUUCUUGCCUUGUGUACCCUGUUCCUCCCUCCUUCCAGGUUGUCAAAUGUCUUGCCUCGUCUCGCCUCACAUCUCUCUGCUCCUUCCUCCUUGAAGUGAUGCUCCAGUCUGCGUGCCUGCUUGUUGUGUCAUUGGAGGCCACUUUAGAUACGUACCAUGCACCGUACAGAGCAGGUACCUGGGGAGGUACUCGGGGGAACGCACGCCCCCCUGGCCCCCUAUGUAUACCCGAAAUCUUUGCAAUCACGACUAUCCAAAGCCGCCGCGCCAGACUUUUGACGGCACUGCCAACAUGGGAUUCUCCAAACUUUUCGAUUUUUUUCAGACCUCCACUUACAUUGCGGCCCCCCGCUGCACUUGAAGGUCUCCCUCUCCUUUCUCCAGCAGGCCUGAUCCCUUCAUCAACGCCAAUGGGCAAGCCGAAAGCCUGUAGCGGCAGCAUGUUUCCUCCUCCCGCAACCAUCUCGAAUGCUUGUGGCGAAAAGAGAUACCUCUCCGGCGCCAACCCCGACAGCACGAGUCAUCGCCCGAACCCUGUGCCUGAGCAGCAGGACCCUUACCCGUCCACAGCAACCAUCUGGGUCCGAUCAAUCGUGGCAACUUUAGUGUAG